CACAUCUAAGGACGUGCUUCAUUCACUCCAGCUGCACAGGUUGUAAAGGAAAGGGGGAAAGAGUGAGAGCAGGAGAAGUAGAGGAGAAUAUCAGCAACUGACUGGGUAGGGAAAGAAGACAGGAGGUGAAAAAGAGAGAUCAGCUGAUUGUUUUACUAAGAGAGGAAGGGAGUCAGGGUGAGAAGGAGUGAGGCAGGAGAGAGGAGACAAGUCUUCAGGAGUGGGACUACCCAGCAGUGCCAGGUUCCUCCAGGGAGGUUAUAGUGAUCUUCAGCAGCAAACCCUCCUCUCCACUGGGAGUCAGACCCCCAGGAUCCAGAGCCAUGGAGCCCUCUGUGUCGACAGAGGUCGAGGGGGAGCCCAAGGAAAGGAAGAAGAUCCAAUUUGCUGUAUCGCCCGAGGUCGAGGGCGAGCCCAAGGAGAAGAAGAAGAUCCAAUUCGCUGUGUCGACCGAGGUGGAGGGGGAGCCAAAGGAGAGGAAGAAAAUCCAAUUUGCUGUGCCGGCCUCUGUGCCCACCAACCUGGACCCUCGGCAAGUGGAGAUGAUCCGGCGCAGGAGGCCCACACCCGCCACGCUGUUCAGAGUAGCCGACCAAUCAUCUCCUGAUGAUGAUCAGUCCACCCAUCAGGUAAAGUGGGUCGUAGGAGAGAACGGAGUGCUCAAACCAAAACGCGUCAAUCCAAACGUGUACCAGCCUCCAUCACUCAGAGCUGUGCAGAAGAUGGCCGAGGCACAUAUGCAGCACCUAGGUGUCUACCCCCCUUUUGAAGACCCUUGUGAAGGGGAGGAGGAUGAGGACCACUGGCAGGGAGAGGAGGGAGAGGACACAUCUCCCACCAAAGCUGCUGAUCACCAAGAGACGGCGACCACCGAGCAAUCAGACAAGUUUUCCAGCGUGAGAGAGACGGCCAAGCAGAUCCAAGCAGCACAGGAGGAAGAGGAGGAGGAGGAGGAAGAGGGGGACAAAAUCAAGGAAACGACAGAGGAGAACAGUCGGGGGAGUUACUGAGAGAAAGAAAGAGAGUGAGGGAGAAAGGGAGAGAGGGAGGAGGGAAGAUGUUUUGUCAAAUGGUUAAAAUCUGAAAAACUCUACAGAGAUGAGGAGUGUGGGUGUGUGCUGUUAAUGUGUGGGGACGAGUGAGGACGAGAGCUGAAUGAAAGAUACUUCCAUGAAAUCAAACACAAGAGUGAGCAAAGAUCUUUGUUCUGCUUCACCUUCAAAGGUGAAUAGUAAAGGUGGAUUAAAGAGAGCACAGAGAGGCAGUUGUGUUUUAGGAGUCAGCCCUUAUGAACAGCUGAGGAAUGAUCUACUGACAGAGCAGGCCACGGAUGCCACUACUGUCUCUUUGCUUAUAAUGAGAGUGGAGGGGCCAACAAGGUCAACAUGACCAAAUACCCCUGUAAGACCAGUCCUGCCUCUACCUUAAUGCUUCUGCACAGAGCUAAAUGUUCCUUUAAAGAGGGUAAUAAUUACCACAACAAUCACACUCACACACAUAUAAACUCUCUUGGGCACAUUUUCAACAAAGACCCAUUCAAAGCACUUGAAAGUCUUUAAAUGUGCGUGGUAUAUGUUACACUAUCUGAUUUGCAGCAUAUGUAGUGUUUAGCCUUGUGAUUAAAUGUGCAUGCACUGCCAUCUAGUAGUGGAAAGAAGGAACGACAGGUUUAAAGUGAUACUCUGCCUUGUAUCAAAUACUUUAAGGAGAAGUGUGUAGCAUUGAGUAGUAUCUAGUGGUGAGGUUGCAGAUUGCAACUAACUGAAUAUGCCUCCCCUCACCCCUCCAAAGGUGUUGGAGAAUGUACGGUGGCCUUCAGGUAAAGGCCCUCUCUAGAGCCACUGUUUGGGCUUCUGUAGAAACAUGGCACUGCAGACAUGGUGGGCUCCACAGAAGAGGAUCCCCGCUCCCUAUGUAGAUAUAAGGGGUUUAAUUUUGAGCUAAAGAAAACACAAUUAUUAUUUUCAGGUGAUUAUAAACUAAUGAAAAUGUAGUUAUGACUGUUAUAUUCCAUUUCUGCCAACGGAUGCCCCUAAGUCCUACACACUCUUCCUCUAAAGUUGUAAUUCUUAAUGUUUUCAUAGAGUUAAAUUCAUCUUUAAUGCCAUUUAUGGUGGACAUUUUUUCAGCAGUAGCCAUUCUAUGGAUUCACAUUCUCUGUACAGCAGCUGUCACUGUUAGUGGCAGAGUUUGCCAUUCCUACGAAGCAUUUAAAUUGCCUGUCUGAGCACAAGGCAUGCUGUUUGAUAAUUUUAUCUUAUUGCAAUCAGCCUACUUUACACUCUCCUUACACUGUAUCAGAGCUGUGUUAAAGGGUAACUUUGACACUAUCCAACUUGGAUCCUAUAUUCCCCUGUUUUUUGUCUAAGUGACUAGUGGGAACAAGAGUUUUUGAAAUUGGUCCACUUCUGAGUGAGACCAUUGGAGCAAAAAGCCAUGAAACAGGCUGCAAUGAAUUUCCUGUGGGCAAAUGGGGCACUGUGAAUCCUUCAGGUCCUCUGAAAGUGCUUUUUUGCCACUGACAAGCUCAGAUUAUUAUUCUAAAUGUUUGACAAAUUAUGGAAAGGAUACUAACAGAGACAAAUGUUUUUAUUAAAGGGUAAGGUCAUUUUUGUUUAACCAGAAACGGACCCAAAAUCACCAUUGGCAAACACACCAGACUCCAUUUAUAGAAACAGUAAUUUUAGCGUUUAUAGAGCCAGGAUAUUUUCACAUUUUACUGGGUGAAUUAAGGGUUUAAUUCAACUAAACCAGAGUGAUGAUUGUUUUAUUUUGUUUCUGUUGAUUUUGAAUGUAGUGUGUUUUAUGAAGGUAAAAUGACUGUUUAUUUAAAUGGAGUCUGGUGGAUUUCACAAUAGCGAUUUCUGGUCUGUUUCCCAUGAAACAAAAAACUCUUUAACAAGAAGGUCUAUCUCUGUUGGGAUCCUAUGUUGUCAAACACAAGUGACACACUGAGCCUGUCAGUGGCAAAAACAAGCACUUUUAGUGGAUGUAAAUUGAUGGUGCUCAAUUGCCCACAUGAAUUGUAUUGCAGCCUAUUUCACUGUUACCUCACUUAAUCCUUGGCCAAAAAUUGUUGUUCCCAUUAGCCACGGAGACAUGAGGUUGAAAAAUGCAGAAGUUACCCUUUAAGUUACCACAUACUGAAAUUUUAUGGGUUUUAACAUCGCUCACCUCUUGAAAGCUUGAGAGAGAACAGCAGAUGUGGUCGACUUUACUUCAUGUUUCUGAUUGUGACAAUUAUUCAAGGUCUAAAAAAUGAAUAAAAAUGCCCAUAGAAACUUCUCAGAUCAUUUCUGUAUCAUGAUGUGCUUCUAUUCUGCCCACCAUAUGCUUAGUAAUAUUUUAAAGAGAGUUAAUCAAUAAUAAACAGACAGAUACUGAAAAUAUUCAGAGGUGGAGUAUCACUUUAUGUACGACUCAGUUAUAAGCACCAAAUUUUUUUUGUCUGUAACUGUGUUAAAUCCAUGAGCAAGUGAGUGUAUGUGUGUGGUUAUUUCACACCACACUUGUCAUGUUUGAGUAAACUUAAAAAUGAAUCUUUAAAGGGCAAAGCUACCUCUAAUUUGUCUGAAAUACAGGACCCAACCUCCAUGUAUCACACAUUUGAACUGGAUCCAUUGUGAACUGACACCAUGUUAAGAAAUCAAAAAAUUUAAUUUAAAGUCCAAUACUGUUGACUCAUUUGGGAUUUCUCAGUGCUCACAGAUUCCCUUUUGUAUGUUAACGCUUUUCUAUUGUCAUGUUUUUAAUUGUAUGACAUGGAUCUGUUGUAAGAGCUAUUUUUCUAAUCUAACGUCCAGUGUAUGAGUAGCUCCGCUCUGUCCUGUUUCUACUGUUUAUAUGCGCUGCACAAGCCUAAAACCAGGCUGUAUGACUGACAUAUGUGUAAAAAUGGUUACCACACAAACUUUCUGAAGUCUUUCUACCACAGAUAUUCACUUGGUCUCUCUUUUCUCAAAGUCAAUGACAAUUUCUAAAUGUUUCUAGUCAGCAUCUAAUUUCAUUUCCAGUUUAAGUGAAGAUACAGGAUUUGAUAUACAAAGGUUUUCAGAUGGGCCCCGGUAUGAAUAAAUAUUGCUGUGUGUGUGUCAUCUGGGCUGCGGUUUGUAUAUAAAAACUGUGUGAAACUUUGACCUCUGACCUGCCCAAAUAGUGGGAUGACAGGACGAGGCUCUGCAGCUGAUGCUGUCCUCCUUCCUUCGCUCUCUGUCCACCUCCCCUUUCCACCCGGGUCAGAAGAAAACAACCAUGGGAAGACAUGUAUGGACUCUGAUGCUUAUUCUGUCUUUAUUUUUAUUUUAUUUUUCCAUUCUCUUGUUUCUCAAUGUGAUGUGGUUGUUUUAAAGUGAGCAACAUUAUGAUAUCAAAAUAAACAGUUUUUCCUUUUCUCCUUUAAUCUGA